GAAAAAAACAGGCUUGAUUGAUUUCCGAGGAGGAGGAGGAGAGGAGGAGGAAGGAGGCUGGAUCGUGGUGAGGACGCAAGACAAAGAGAGAGAACCAGACCUCAUUUCCUGUUGGGAAGAAGGAGAAGAUCCAGUGAUGCAGGAACCCAAAGAAGAGGAGGAGACCUCAGCAGGACACAUCUGGGGGGUCAAGGCUGAGGAUGAACCAUAUGAAGUAUCACUGGAAAAAACUGAGGAGCAGAAACUGAGGAGUCAAGAUGGAGCAAAGAGACAAGAGGAGAGACAAACUCACACCAGCGACAAACCUCAUAUAUGCUUGGAGUGUGGAAAGAGCUUCAGUGACAGUAGCACCCUUACAUUGCAUCAAAGAUCUCACACAGGGGACAAACCUUAUCAAUGCUUCGAGUGUGGAAAGAGCUUCCGUGACAGUAGAACCCUUACAGUACAUCAAAGAAGUCACACAGGGGACAAACCUCAUAAAUGCUUGGAGUGUGGAAAAAGCUUCAGUGAGAGAUAUACCCUUACAGUGCAUCAAAGAAUUCACACAGGGGACAAACCUUAUCAAUGCUUGGAGUGUGGAAAAAGCUUCAGUCAGAGUGGCCCCCUUACUUGGCAUCAAAGAACUCACACAGGGGACAAGCCUUAUAAAUGCUUGGAGUGUGGAAAGAAGUUUAGUCAGAGUAGCCACCUUACUUCGCAUCACAAAACUCAUACAGGGGACAAACCUUAUAAAUGCUUCGAGUGUGGAAAGAGCUUUAGUCAGAGUAGCACCCUUACUUUGCAUCACAGAACUCAUGCAGGGGAAAAACCUUAUCAAUGCUUCGAGUGUGGAAAAAGCUUCAGAUGGAGUAAUGUCCUUAAGGUGCAUCAAAGAAUUCACACAGGGGACAAACCUUAUAAAUGCUUGGAGUGUGGAAAGAGCUUCAGUCAGAGUAGCAACCUUUCUUCACAUCAAAGAUCUCACACAGGGGACAAACCUUACCAAUGCUUCAAGUGUGGAAAGAGCUUUAGUCGGAGUAGCAACCUUUCUUCGCAUCAAAGAUCUCACACAGGGGACAAACCUUACCAAUGCUUCAAGUGUGGAAAGAGCUUCCACGACAGUAGAACCCUUACAGUACAUCAAAGAAGUCACACAGGGGACAAACCUUAUAAAUGCUUGGAGUGUGGAAAGAGCUUCUGUCAGAGUGGCACCCUUACUUCACAUCAAAGAACUCACACAGGGGACAAACCUUAUCAAUGCUUGGAAUGUGGAAAGAGCUUCAGUGACAAUAGCAACCUUACAGUGCAUAAAAGAAUUCACACAGGUGACAAACCAUAUAAAUGCUUGGAGUGUGGAAAGAGCUUCAGUCAGAGUAGCACCCUUACUUCGCAUCAAAGAACUCACACAGGGGACAAACCUUAUCAAUGCUUGGAAUGUGGAAAGAGCUUCAGUGACAAUAGCACCCUUACAGUGCAUAAAAGAAUUCACACAGGUGACAAACCAUAUAAAUGCUUGGAGUGUGGAAAGAGCUUUAGUCGGAGUAGCAACCUUUCUUCGCAUCACAGAACUCACACAGGGGAUAAACCUUAUAAAUGCUUGGAGUGUGGGAAGAGCUUCAGUCAGAGUGGCACCCUUACCUCGCAUCACAGAACUCACACAGGGGACAAGCCUUAUACGUGCUUGUAGUGUUGAAAGACCUUUUGUUAGAAUGACUACCUUCAGGCGCAUCAAAGUAUAUGUACAAGGGAAGAGAUUUAUCAAUGCUUUGAAAAGUUUUUAUUUAUUUAUUUAUUAGAUUUAUUAGUGGCCCAUCUGGCUGGUUGUCCAGCCACUCACAACUUGUUGUUGUUGUUAUGUGCCUUCAAGUCGAUCACGACUUAUGGCAACCCUAUGAAUCAGUGACCUCCAGAAGCAUCUGUCAUGAACCACCCUGUUCAGAUCUUGGAAGUCCAGGUCUGCGACUUCCUUUAUGGAAUUAAUCCAUCUGUUGUUUGGCCUUCCUCUUUUUCUCCUCCCUUCUGUUUUUCCCAGCAUUAUUAUCUUUUCUAAUGAAUCAUGUCUUCUCAUGAUGUGUCCAAAGUAUGAUAACCUCAGUUUCAUAAUUUUAGCUUCUAGUGAUAGUUCUGGUUGAAUUUGUUCUAACACCCAAUUACUUUUCUUUUUUGC